AUGCCCACGCCCUCAUCUUCUUCAAAGCACGUUAAAUUCGUCGCCUCUGAUCCAUCUCGUGGGGGUCUUCCUGUAAAGCGUAAGCAAGUCCAGCACGCUUGCGCUUCAUGUCGCAAGAAAAAGAGGCGAUGUCUUCAUGCUGAAAAUGCUGUUGAGGAUGAUAACCUCUCGCCGCCAGGUGAUGGUCAAGUCCCGGUUCAAGGUCAGAAUGACACACAACAAUCCCGGUCUGCAUCUCUACCGUUAAAUGUGCCACUCUCAACACGUACAGCGCUUCCAGAUCACAACCAUAAUGCAUCCCCGUCGUCGCGCCAGCAGCCAUCGCUUCAUCUUCAAUAUGGCACCGGUGUCACCGCCCCUGCCCCAGCGCCCCCAAGACGUGAAUCAACAGGCACGUCUAAAGCUCAAUCGUCAUCAUCCCGGUUCGUAGGCGAUCUCAAUCCGGAGGGCAUGUUCAUGGAGGCAACUGGCUCAGCAUCAGUUCGCGAAACCUCUCAAAAGGGCGACGUGGGUAUCUGGCUCUCAUCGACCACCGCCAACAACGGGCCGCAGGGCCAAGGCGGUUCAUCGUCGCAGUUCAUCACGUCGAGGCCGCCGCCCAUAAUGGAUCAGUUUUUACUCCCGUUUGUGAAAGAGCACUGUCUACCCUGUUUGCCGCCCGAGCACGACUUUCGCAAGCUGCGACGUCUGUACCUCGACAGAAUUCACCCUAUCUUACCCAUCAUCCCUGAAUCAAGCUUAGAUACUGCCUUGCCUUUAGAGGAUGAGCCCGCGGCCAUUGUUCUUCGCCAACUUGUGUGUCUGGCCGCCUCCACUGAUCCCUCCAUGUCGACAUACCUGCACCUGCAGAACCGUGGUGACGAGCUAUUGACUUGUCAGGACUUUAUACAAUCACUCUCCUCCGCUGUACGUGCCAUUCUUGAGACGAGUAUCAUCACCGACAGAGUGCUUCACAUCAGGGCUCUUGUCAUGCUCUCGCUGUACACUCAGCCCAGCAGUUCCGAAGAAGCCGAUCUUCCCGCUCAACUUGGGGGCCGUGCCAUCCAUCACAUCCAGACUCUGGGCCUUCAUCUUCUCAAGUACGACGCACCUAAUUGUGAAGAGCUUGAGACCUUGUUCUGUGCGGUUUGGGCAGUCGAUCGAAUAAAUGCUGCCGCCUAUGGAAGACCUUGCUUGAUGCACGAAAGAGACAUCGGUGCCAAUCUCGACGGAUGUAUCAAGAAAAGACCACCUUGUUUCCGACUUUUCCUCUCAGUGAUCCAGUGGCUUGAUCAAGUGAUCGAGCUGUAUCGUCCCGGGCCGAGUGCAGAGGCUUCAGGUCUUGAUAAGAUCGCCUACAUCGAUCUCCCCGUCCUAGAAGCCAUGAUUGUCAACGCCGAUGCCCUCAAAGUCCCAAGCCCGCUCAUCGCAACAAUUGAAACCUUCUACCACGCUGUCAUUAUCCUAUCAUGCCGUCUCCCUCGCCCUGGCACACUCACAGCAGCAUCAACUCUACCACCCCCAUCUGCAAAUGCCCGCCGUUCUCUCGCAGCCGAACGUAUCGCUUGCGCCGUCCUCCGUGAUCAUCUGAGCCCCAUGCCCGUCGUUCCCUACGCAGUAUGUCUCGCAUUGAGCGUUGAGUAUCGCAAAAUGCGUCACAGUCGCUUGCCCAUGUUCCGCGCCCGCGCCAUGCAUGCUUUUCGUCGCAACUGUGAAAUGCUUCGCAAGUUCGGUGAUUACUUCUGGAGUGCCAAUGUGGUAGCUGGUCUGGGUGAAAGAGUGUUGAAAGAGAUGGAACGCGCUGCUAAUACUUUGACCCGGGAAUCGACACCCCCUACAACGCACGAGGGAACGCCCAAUUCGGUGCCCUCGUCUUUGUCGCAACCUGCUCCUCGACCACCUGAGUUUCCUGUUUCAGUGCCGGUUGCCAACCCCACCAUGAUCAACUCAGUCCCCAGCGUGGAACAGCCCGUCGACUUUUCACUCAUCGAUGCUAUCUCUGGGGCCGAUGUUUUCGGGGCCAUAGACCCUAGCUUCAACCUGAACGCAGUGGAGGAUGCACUGGAAGCGAAUCUUGACAUAGGAUUGCCCAUGAACUGGGUUGACUGGGGACAGUACGCAACGCUGUGA